AUGUCAGGAUAUAGCAAGCCUCUUAAGUCCAAAUCGAUCGCCAUUGUCAUAUUUGGUGCCACAGGCGAUUUAUCAAUGAGAAUGCUUCUUCCUUCUCUUGAAUCCAUUCACUCCUAUGAUCCAUUUAACGAAGCUUCACUCAUUAUCGGUGUUGCCAGGAAUGAAUACAAGGAUUCCGAGAUCAAGGAGAAGAUCAGUGGUUCCAUUGAGAAAUACUCACGCACCCACAACGAAAAAGAAGAGCAAAACUUGAAUGACUUCUUAAAGCACGUCAAAUUCAUCUCAGGUGACUUCACAGACCCAGCAACAUACGAAAAGCUCAAAGCUUUACUCGAUCAGCAUCAGUUGGAGGGUGUUCUCGUUUACUUUGCAACACCACCAUCAUUAAUCCAGAAAAUCUCCGACAAUCUUUACAAUGCUGGUCUCUCCACAAACAAGGACAGAUGGGUCCGUAUCGUUAUUGAGAAACCAUUCGGUUCUUCCUACGAAACAGCUUUGGCAUUGAACGACAGUCUUCAUGAGAAGUUCAAUGAAGAAGAUAUCUAUCGUAUCGACCACUACCUUGCCAAAGAGACUGUCAUGAACAUUUUCACGUUCAGAUGGGGAAAUACAAUUUGGGAACCACUUUGGAACAGAAACUACAUCUCUCACGUUGAGAUUUUAGUUGCUGAGUCCGUCGAUGUCGGCAACAGAACAGGUUACUACGAUGGUGUUUCUGUCAUCCGUGAUAUGAUUCAGAACCACUUGCUCCAAAUGUUGGCCAUUGUUGCCAUGGAACCACCAAGUGAGAUGACUGCCAAGUCCAUCCGUGAUGAAAAAGUCAAAGUUUUACGAGCAAUUAGAUCAAUCAAGAAACAAGACGUCAUCCUUGGCCAAUACCUCGGUUACAAAGAGCACAAAGGUGUUUCUAAGGACUCAACAACACCAACAUUCGCUUACAUCAGGUUCUUCAUCGAUAACUGGAGAUGGAAAGACGUUCCAUUCUACAUCUGCUCAGGCAAAGCUCUUGCUGAGAAGAAGUCAUGCAUCAAACUCGUCUUCCAUGAAGUUCCUCAUGCCAUUUUCGGAGAUUCAACAAUCAACAAGCCAAAUGUUCUCGAAAUCAAAGUCCAGCCACAUGAAGGUAUCAUUCUCAAGCAACACGUCAAAGUUCCAGGUGUUGGCUUGUCCACAGCAAAGAUUCCUCUUUCAUUCUACUACAAGGACAAGUUUGGCGAGAAUGCUUUACAAGGCGCUUACGAGCGUGUUAUUCUUGAUGCCAUCCAUGGUGAUCAGUCCUUCUUCCCACGUUCCGAUGAAAUUGAGCAGUGCUGGAAGAUUGUUGAGCCAAUUCUCAAAGAUUCAUAUCCAGAAAUCAUUCCAUACGCCCAGAAGAUGGAUAUAACAACAGGAACAACGAAGAGAAACAGAGUUAACCAAGCAACUCUCGCUGUUUUCAGAGAUGCACAAGAAUUAGUUCAAUCAGUCACAGAAAGAUUGACAAGAUUGAUUGUUGAUACAGUUGAAAAGAAGGGAACAUGCACAAUUGCAUUGAGUGGAGGUUUGGCACCUCGCCCAAUUUAUUCUCUUCUUGCAACAGCACCUUAUACAUCAAGAAUCGAUUUCUCAAAGGUCCACAUUUUCUUUGUUGCUGAGAGAUGCGUUCCUCCAACAGAUAUCCACAGUAACUACAACAUGAUCAACGAGAUGUUCCUCAAGUACUUGAAGAUUCCUGAAGGAAACAUCCACAGAAUGAAGGGAGAGUUGGAUUACAAGGUUGGAGCUAAAGAUUACGAAGAAGAAAUUAAGAAGUAUUUCAACUCUGAAAAUCCGGAGUUCGACAUCAUCCUCUUAGGAUUAGGUUUCGAAGGACAUACUGCAUCUCUCUUCCCAGGUACAGAUGCUAUCAAUGAUCACCAGUCUUUGAUCAUCGGAAAUAUCGUUCCUCAUGAUAACCUUUCAAGAAUCACUAUGGGUGCUAAGAUCAUCAACAAUGCAAACAACAUCAUUAUGAUCAACACUGAAGCUGAGAACAAGGAUAUCAUUGACUUGGUCUUCAACGCUCCAUUCGUUCCAGCAAUGAUCCCUGCUCAGCUCAUCCAGCCAACACAUGGCAAGUUAACAUGGUUCACUAUCAACUAA